GCAUAAGCAAGGUAAGGCUUGCAGCUUAUGGUGGGGGGAUACCAUCACCCACAUGAGCAGUAACUGCAUUACUCUAUGGUGUGGGCAAGAACAGAGCAUGAUACUGACAAUAAAAUCAAUCAGUACCAUGGGAAAGAAACGUAUUUCCUACGUGGAGAAAGCACAGGUACCACCACUACUUGGCAGAUGAUAGCAGAGAGAGUAGUUUGCACUUUAGGGCUGUACUUUUGGAAAAUGCUUGUUCUUCGUGUUGAAUGUUUCAGUAUGCUCCCUUUGAAGUCCAUUUUCUAGACACACUUGGACCCUAAGGUGCAGGGGAGGGUUAGGUUGUCCUGGACCCGGUCUCAGAAGUGGAGUGUCAGGCCAGGGGCCCGGCUCUGGGCCCUUCGGGGCUCCGCGUGCCCGCUGACCCCGCUGCGGAGGCGCAACUGGUUGGCAGACAUCAGUCCCCGCAGCGGGAAACUUGUGAGCCCGCGGCUGCACCUUUAAGUGCCCCUGCACCGCUGGCAAGCGCUACAGCUGCAAACCCUGUCCAGGCAUGAAAGCCUCCCUUUCAGAUGUUUUUUUUUCCUUCUUCCCUGUUUCUGCCUGACGGGUUUCGGCCUCCUGGGGGAAUUUCCGCGGCUGGAGGCCCGACUGAGGGCGGGGGCAGCGCAGUGGUCCGCCGGCCGCUCCCCCCAGGACCCGGCCUGGCCCAGCCUAGCCCAGGCCAGCCCUUGGGCCCGUCGCUGGCGGGCGUAAGGACCUGCGGAACCGUCGUCCCGACCCGUCCGCGCCAGCGGGAGUGGGAUGUUUCAUUGUCCGGAAAUGAUGGAGAAGGAGUGACUGUGGCGGCGGGGGACAGCGGGUGGUCGCGUGUUAGUGUUGUUGGAAGGGGGUGCAGGCUGUCUGUUCCUCGGUGAGAGAGCUGGCAGAUGUCCCAAGUGAGAGAACCUCUUCCUCCGGGGCCUGAAGGGCCAGAGCAAGCUCCGACUGAAAACAGCGCUUUGAUCUCUCUCCCUCGAGAAAAAGCAGACCAAGAGAAUACCGCGGCAGGAGAUAAAGACAUAAACCAGCCUUCCAGUAACCAAAGUAUACAGCCAGAGAUACAAGACCAGUCCAUCUGGGGAAAUCGCACUGAUGGUGACCUCAUCAGAACACAACCUCAACGCUUGCCUCAGCCGAAUACUUCAGCACUGGAAAGGGGUGAGGAAGAAAGUGGCAAAAUCCAAAAUGGCCACGCGGGUCUGAGUAAUGGAAGUGGAAUUCACAAUGGGAUCAAGCACGUGCCUGCAGACAACAGAAAACAUUCGGCUCCUGUUUCAGAAAAAAUGCACAGAAAAAUUCAGUCCACCUUGUCUGUCAACAGCAGUGGCAGCAAAAAAAGUAAAAUAAGCUCUGCGUUUUCUCAAAAGCCGGGUACUUCACCUGAAGAUUGCUGUGUUCACUGUAUACUGGCUUGCUUGUUCUGUGAAUUUCUCACCCUCUGUAACAUUGUUCUCGGAGAAGCAUCCUGUGGCAUCUGCACAUCGGAGGCCUGCUGCUGCUGCUGUGGGGACGAGAUGGGAGAUGACUGUAACUGCCCAUGUGAUAUGGACUGUGGCAUAAUGGACGCAUGUUGUGAAUCUUCAGAUUGCUUAGAGAUCUGCAUGGAAUGCUGUGGGAUCUGCUUCCCGUCAUGAAAUAUUUAUCCCUUUUUAUUUUAUUCUCUAUAAAACUGGAGAGCUUUUCUUUAAAUACAUUUGAAGAAAUACAAGGUAAGAUAUUCACACAACCAACUGGUAUUGCACUGUUAAUUCUCUUUAUAUAAUUUUUUUUUUUUUUUUAAACCAGUCCUCAAAUCUGUAUUCUAACACAAAUUGUAUAGCUUUAUAUGUGAAACUCAAGCUACAUUCCAGCUUCCUUUUGGCUUUGCAAAUGGAAGACUUUAUUGAAACCGAAUUAUAGGCCUGAUGCCACAGGCUGCAUGAGGGCAAAAUUGCCAUUUGAAUAAAAUGACAGAUUUUUGUCAGAGAAGAGAUUACAGGGCAAAGACUUAAGUAUUUGCCUUUACCUAGUUUAAUGUUUAAACGCUUAAAUGCCUCCAUGCAUAACAUGCCUUUACGGGCAUUCUGAAAAGCAAAAUAACUUUAUUUCAAUCUGUUUGGGUUGAAAUCAACUUUGCUCUCUUGUUUUAAACUUAAUCGAGAAGUUAGCAACAGAAAUCUACUGUUGGUUUUGCUACAGUAGUCACGUUGGCAAUAUUUCUUUUGUUUUGAAUAUCUCAGUAUUGAUACUAUGGGAAGAUAUGGCAAACUAAAAUCAAUGUAAGUUUUGCCAUGGGCUAGAGUAACAAGAUUUCAUUGUUAUAAAUCAAGACAGAACAGAGAACUUAUAUUUUUCUUCACUACUAAUAUUACUUGAAAUGCUUCUUUUUAGAAAGAGACUUCGUAAAUCUGUAUAGACAUGAAAUAUAUCCUUAGGCUAACAGACUAACUAAUAGACUAACAAAUUUCAAGUUUUGGCUAUUAAAAGGAAAUUAUAUAAGGUUCUUUCCAACCCUUAACUAUUCUAUGAUUCUGUGAUUAUCAGAAUUUAACUCAAGAAUCUAAGCCUGACGAUAAGUGGCCCUGUCAGUGCUUGGGGUAUUAGAGCCAGUCACAUAAUGUAGUAUUUAUUUCUUCACUGCUUGAGAAAGAUCUGCAGAGGAUGGCAGAAUUUAAAUGGGUUAUAAAGACAAAAUUAAAACUGACUUGAUCAAGAAAUUCUGUCAUUGAACAUAAAAUGCAAAUGCAAAAAUGUUUAUUCUCAGAUAUGUUUUAAGUGUUAUUUUAAAAUAACUGUGAAAAAAAGAAUGAAAUCUAAAAAAUGUAUGAAGUCCUUUAAAAAUAAAAGGAUUGGGAUUUAAAAUAUUUGAAAAAUACAGUUAGGAUCUGAUGGCAACUUUUUCCCUGUAUAUGAUUAAGGUUUUCUGUGAAAAAAUCUCUGCUUGUCAUUGUAAUUGUCAAAAGGACUUGGUCCAACACAGAAAGAGGUUUAUGUCAUUCCCAGAUUUCGGGAAUAAUGGUACCAUUUUCUUUACCACUUGUUAGUUUCUUACAUCCAUGUCUGUAGCUCGUCAACUUUUCAGUGUAAACCACCUACACAUCUUGAUCACAUAAACUUUCCUGUCUACACUCCAGAUGUCCCAUUUGUAGGUUGUUGGAUCUCAUAAAUUUAGGCUUUGUUACAAGAGUCAUCGAGAGCCAAUAGCAUAUUUCUGUAGAGUGAAUUGACCAUAAAUGUCUCUUUCCGCUGUAGUGAAUUCAGUUUAUGCAAAUGUGACAAGCUAAAGAUCACAGGCGUGUGAAGCUAAGUCAACAAAUGGUCUGGUAGGAACCAAAGCUUCUCUCCCUGUGAACACUGACUAGUAGUGCCUACUACUGCAAGUUAUCACUGAAGGUAACAUAGCCGAAUCCUCAACUGUGCUAGGGAGCUGGGAGGUGUUACGUUUUGCCUUAUCAUCUGCGAUAUUGUGGUGUAUUCUCAUACAGUGCAGACUUACCUUGAGGGUUUCUUACCUGUUUUUUCAUAGUUACUACAAGAAUUGAUCCGUACCAUGGUGUUUUGGUUCAGUUUGUUUGUUUGGUUUGUUUAUCAUAUAUUGGGCCAGAUUCAGAUCGGUGUUGCAUAAACUAGGUGCAUUUUCAUUAAUGUCAGAAUUUUCCAUUGGUUUAGCUCCAGCUAGAGAGCACAAAGAUAUUAUGGUAAUAGGCAGGCUAAUAAGGAAUCAUAUAGUUAAAUUGAUAAAUUCCCUGAGCUCAGAAUCAGGCCCACAGGGCUCAAUUAUGACUCCUAAAAGUCUGAACCACUCUGGGAAGGGGGGAAGAGGUGCCUUGGUUGAGUGGCAGUGCCUGGAGGCAUUUUGCCUUUGUAAGGUAUAAUGCCUCUGGGGAAAUUGGGGGCAUCACAGUGAGCACUGGGACUUGAUGCACCUUGGAAAAAGUGUAGAGACUGCUUCACCCAAUGUAGUUCUGUGGUUGACACCGUGGUCAUGGGGAUGUACUCUCUGGUGCUAGGCAGCAGCAUAAACUGUCCUUCCUCAUGUCCUUCUGGUCAUGGAGAGAUGAAUUAUGGCUGUCCAACUGUGCUUUUGAGAAUGGGGAAGAAGGUUUCCAGUGUCCUGUCCUGACCCAAUGUCUGUGACCUGCCAGAGCAUUUUCAUUUUUGUGCUUGGAAAACUGCACAGUUGUAUUAAGCUUUUAAUGAAUACCAGAUCCUAAUAAAAAAUAUUUUUACCGCAGAAAGAUAUAGUUAAGAAAAAAUGAAAAUGCCAAUCUGUGUAAAAGUUUAUCUAUACAAUUUGCCCAGCACAAACCCUUGUUUCUACUUACAGGAAUUGAGAGGGUUUUUUGAUCUGUUGAAAUUAUGAAAACCUUGGAAAUGUCUUUGCUAUUAAGCAUUUACUUCCAAUACUGUUAAAAUACAAAUAAUAAUUACAGGAACUUUAUUGAUGCCUUUAUGUGUAUGUGUACAGCCUCUCUCUCACAUGCACACACAUGUAUGCAAAUAUAUUACUUCUUUUCCCACUUCGUUUGUGAAAUACUAGGAAGUGAAAAUAGUGUUGUUUAACCCUCAUAGUGAGUAGAAGUAUCAAAGUGUUACAGACAAUUGAAAAAAAAUUUAAAAAUAUGUGAUUUCUUUGACAUUUAAAUAUAGUCUGCUACUGUUUGUCAUAGAGAUAUUAGCACUUUUGUAAAAUGUAUCUGUAGCAGAGAAUAUUAGUAUGUAGUUUAAGUAAUUCCUUUCUAUGUUUAUAUUCUUAAAUGCUGUUUUGUGAUUUUCACUCUAUAGGCAAUCUUGUAAGCACCUUGUGUAAUUAAAUCAAGCAGAAUUAGAAGGAGUCAAAUGUGAAAAUACAGUUUAAAUAAAAUUAAAACAUCAGAACUUAACUGUCUGUUUUAUAAUAGCUCUUGUGAACUUGUACAGUGUUUCAGUAAAUAGUUCUGCAAACUGGCCCAUUUGAAAAAAUGGUAACUUGCUAUUUGUAUUUUAUAUCAACUGGAUGUGCUAUUCUCAAACACUAUUUUGAAAUAAAGAUCUUUAUUUUGAAACUUUGA